AUGGAAGUUCUACUAUAUCAGAUGCCGGAUUAUAGCCUGCAUGGACGACCGCCGUGGACACUUGAGCCAGAUUCCAUUGUGGCUCAGCAGAAUGGAACCAUCGUUACGCCACUCCGCGUCAUGUGCGCCGAGCUCACCGAUUCCAAGACACUGAAGUCUAUGCAACGAAGGACGUCCCUCUUUGCACUCUCAGGCGUCAACGCGUCAACUGCCCCGACGACACUACCUCUCGACGAAACUUCGGUAGCCAAUGUAAAGACAAUUGUAGAUAAGCAGGUCCUUGACACCACUCAUCUUAUUGACCCCACCGUUCUCGACGAACAAUGA